AUGGUCAGCCCUCCGCAAGUCAGUCUCCACCUCGGCACGAUCGACGAGUCCUCCGCUCCAGAUUCUCCCACCACCAGUACCGCGUCUUCCCCUACCGAGUUCCGCUAUCCAUCCCAAGAGUCAGAGCAGCCCAUUGCACAAGACAACGAUGACGAAGACGAGCAUUUUGUGUACCCGGGAUCUGCACACGACGGAUCAGUGAACGCCGAGGUGUCUCAGUCCGAUCCGCAGGCGCCCACCGAACACGUCCAACCCGCGCAGCCCUCCCCGCCUUCUCCCCCUGCAGUGCAGACUCAGCCACACCCUUCCCCAGCCCAGCUAGAGGCUCUCUAUGCCGCAGCUUCAUCAGGAGAUCUUGUUCUGCUCAAAAAGCUUUUCAGGAAUGCUCUCAAGAACGGAGAAAUAGAAGCUUUCGCGCUUUCCAACGACGCGUCUUCCCGCACGGGUCUGACCGCUCUCCACGCUGCAGCCAGUCGCGGUUAUCUGCAGAUUGUUCAAUGGCUGGUCGAGGAUUGUGGUGCCAUACCAGACCUUGAGGAUCGGGAAGGAGAGGGCUAUCUGGAUGUUGUCAGAUACUUGUUCGAGCGUGGAGGGGCUAACACAGAAAUCGAUGGUGCUCGAGGUGUUGAUGUGCGUAGCAAAGGCGGUUGGACCCCUCUGAUGAAUGCGGCUUCGAAGGGUCACUUGCCUGUGGUUCGCUAUCUUCUAUCCAAGCAGAAUGCAGAUCCUCUCGUCCGCAACAACUGGGGUGAAACUGCCUACGAUGCCGCUGCAGCAGUAUUUGAGGUUUGGAUCUGCGAGAUCCUCCAAAAGGCAGAAACCCAGCAAUGGCGUCGCUCAAUGGUACCUUACAACGUUCUAGCAGUUCACACCACUGUACCGCUGGUGUUGUAUGAAAACCAGCGCUUGGAUGCUAGACUGAAGACUCUGGCAGUGUCUGGAGGCAAAGCCAAGUUUUCCACAACAGGUCUAGGUCGACAGGGGCGUAGAGCUCCUUUCGAGCUGAGGCUGCCCCACCGUGACGAAGAGACUGGUCAGGAGCUUGUACCUACCUGGCGGAGUGAUGUUCAGUUACCGUUAAUGGAGGAGCCUUGGGUUUUGCCACAACAGAAGCCGAAAGACAACCCCUCACUGGAGGGGGCGGAGAGGAGCCAUUUUUGGCUCUCCGAUUGGACUCUUGAAACAUCACACCCUGGUGUCCAUGUAGAAGACGGAUGGCAGUACGCGCAUUCGUUUAAUGCCCCUGAAGACAGCUGGACCGCAGAGCAGCCGCCCCAACUUGAGCAACUUUUGAACGGUUCUAGUUCAAGCUUGAUUGCUUCAGGGAUCAACGGAUCGGCUAGAGGCAGUCCGCGGAGACGUUGGGUUCGCGUCUUGCGCCGCAGGUUGGACGUCUCUCCCAUGCCUUUCUUGCAACCGGACGGCGCCUACUAUCAUUUGGCUGCCGAUGGCACCCUAAUUCCGUAUAUAAACGAUCAUCAAAGUGAAUACGACGAUGGCGAUGGCGAUGGUCAAGAGUUGCGGGCAAUGCCAUCUAAUAUGAUGUCUUCAGCCCAAGAUUAUGUUGCUCGGGCACGCUAUCUGGUAGGAAAUUCCCGUACAGCUGAAGCCGGAGAGAAUAUGUCGGCCGUCGAAGUUAGACGUGCUAUUGCGAAGUUAGAGCGUGCUACGUCUGAACUACGACAAGGCAUCCUAGCUGAUGAUGAUGCCGAGCGCAAGACUCAAGCAGAAGUGCUACUUAACGCUUAUAGCAGGGAGCUUGAGCGAAGGAGGCUCUCCGCAGGCGCACGAGGCUUGUUAAUAACCGAUUCCGAACCCGAUGAAGCAGACGAUAAUGAUUCGUCGGACGAGGAGUUCCAUUACCCUGGGUACUCACCGCCUCCCACGGCCCGAGCACCAUCCUUGCACUCAGUUUCCACGGAAGUAACGUCUCGACCUGGGGUCUCGAGGGCACCAACCGAUCUCACGCUGCAUCUGACCUUGUCUCCUGACUUCCGUGUACCGACUCACGAAGCACCUCAAAAAGUAAUGACGCCACGAUGGACGCAACCAACACCCCAUUCACUGCACGCGCAAUGGGAACGCGAUGAAAGUGUCGCAGAGUGCAGAGAUUGUCACCGCCGCUUUACUUUUUUGCUCCGACGGGUUCGCAAUGACAGCAUGACGCUGCUAGACCCUUCAGACGUUGUCCAUGAUCCUUCCAUACCUGAAUCUACUGCCUCGACAUCGAGUCACAGAGUCUGCCAGAGUUGCUUCGACGAAGUGAACGCGAACAUACCGGGGCGGUUCACCUCUUCAGCCAUUUCCGCAAUGGAACGUAUUGUCAUUGACGAAGGAAGGCUGAUGGUUCCGAGGUCACGUUCACGGGAAAUUAGCUCUCAGCUGAGCGACUUGGCAGAAUGUCCAGUGUGUAAUACAGGCCUUGCGGAGCUUGGCUCUGCUGUUGAGCAGGAAAAACACGUUAAAAACUGCUUGGAUGGAAGUACCGGAGCAAGUCCACAGACUGCGAAAUACCUUGUCUAUAGGUUGCCCGCGGAAAGCGCUAUGAUUGGUACCGAAUGUGUCAUCUGCUUGGAAGAAUUUGCGGUUGGCAGCACAGUUGCUCGCUUAAACUGCUUAUGCAGUUUCCACAAUGGUAAGAUACAUUUUCUUCCUUCGUCGAGUGCGUUUGACUAA